AUGGAUGCAGCUCGAGAUGAAUCAAAGAGGAAGCAAAUGGCCAUUGUUCUAAGAUUUGUUAAUAAAGAUGGUUUUAUAAAGGAGUGUUUUUUUGACAUAGUUCAUGUAUCGGAUACGACAUUAGCAACUUUGAAAGAAGAAAUAUGUAUUGUCCUAUCUCGUCAUAAUCUCAGUGUACAAAAUAUUCAUGAUCAAGGCUCUUCUUAUAAAAGGCAUGAUCAGUUAAAAGUUGCUCAAGCUGAAGAAAUUGUAACAAAACUUACCAGUGAUGAAGUUGAAACUGGUAAAGGCAAAAAUCAAGUUGGGACGUUGAAAUGGGCUGGAGAUACUCGAUGGGGUUCUUACUUGGGAUCUAUUUCCAGUUUGAUAAAUAUGUUUAGUGCAACUUGCCCAGUCUUAAGUAAUGUCAUCAAUGAUGGAGCCACCUCCACUCAACGUACAGAUGCAGAUGGAGUUUAUGAUAAGAUUACAUCUUUUGAGUUUGUCUUUAUCGUACAUCUUAUGAGAGAUAUUAUAGGGACUACUGAUGAUCUUUGCCAAGCUUUGCAACGUAAAUCCCAAGAUAUAUUGAAUGCAAUGCAUCUAGUGUCAACUACAAAAGCACUUGUUCAAAAAUAUAGAGAAGAUGGAUGGAUUUCUUUGUUGGAGAAUGUUCAACUAUUUUGUGGAAAAUAUGACAUAGAUAUUCAUGAUAUGAGUGCUCAUUACACAUCUGAAUUGAACAACAGAUUCAAAGUAGAUGUGAUGGAGUUGCUUAUUCUUAGCUCUGCUUUAGAUCCUAGAGAUGAUUAUAGUUUGUUCAAAAUUGAAGAUAUAUGCAAGCUUGCAAAUCAAUUUUAUCCUAAUGACUUUAUAGAGCAAGAAAAAAUACAUUUGAAAUUCCAAUUGCAAAACUACGAGAUUGACAUUCUUAAACAUCUUGAGUUUCAGCAGUUGUUGACAAUUUCUAACUUGUGCCCACUGUUGGUAAAAACAAGUCAGUCAACAAUUUAUCCUCUUGUCGAUAGAUUAAUUCAUCUAGUUCUAACUUUACCAAUUUCUACGGCGACAACAAAACGUGCAUUUUCGGCCAUGAAAAUUGUAAAGACUAGAUUGCGCAACAGGAUGAAAGAUGAUUUUCUUUCAAGCUACUUGUUAACAUUUGUUGAGAAAGACAUUGCUUGA